AUGGAUUGGUAUCCAAGAGAGCACGUGAGGAAGAGAGGAAGCCCGCCGACAGACUGGGACAAGGAGAUGAAGAAGACCUGCAAGGGAGCAGCCUGGAAGAGAGUAGCAUUGGAAAGGAAAGAGUGGAAACGGAUGGGACAGAAAUUUAGGACGAGGAGGGCUAUUGCCAAAGGACAAUGUGAAGAAGACACCGGGAGAGCAGGAAGCUGGAUGAGAUGUUAUCGCCGGAGAAACCCGAUCAGGGAAAUGUCAGUGGGGACAUAUAGAUCUGAUCAAGAAAGAUCCUUGAACUUGGUGGAUGUGACCCAGCUAUUAGAGUUCAUGCACGACCUAGGAUUAGCAGAAUCCUAUGGUCGCUCGGCGAGGGGUAGAACUCAUUUUGCCUCCAGCCAUUCACAUGUUAUAUAA